AUGGACGGGGACCAGCUUGGAAAAUCGACGCUGUUUCAGGUCAAUAUUAUCCAAGUUCUAGACAAUCAGGACUACUUCCAACGGAUGUUUUACCAAGUCCAGGCUCAAAAUGAAGCGAUCCGAAAUCAAAGCGAAGAGUCAAACAGGAAAUUUGGUUUAACCCACAAUUCCAUCGAACGAACAUGUAGUGCACUCAACGAAAAACUUGAACAGAACCGGAUCGAUUUAAGUACUUUAGAACCAGUCUGGCUGAGAUCAAUGAGAAGUAUAUUGAGUGAUAGGUUCGACCUCCACCAAAGCAUAUUAAAUAAGUUGGACUCAAAACUUGACAAGAAUAUUGAGGAAGUACGUGCAGAUCUUGGUUUUGCCAGUGGACAUGUCAAUCCGAACAACAGAAAGUUCAAACUGAGUGUAAGCAAUAUACUGAUCAGUGAUCAGAAAAUGGAAAUUCUUCAAUAA